GCAGCCAUAUCCCUGCCGCUCGAACUCAACCAUUUCUCGCAUCUUCUUGGACACCAAAAGUUUCAAUCUUUGCACGCAAUUCUUCAUUGUUUUUCAUUCUUUUCUGCUUCUUCUUCAUCUGAUAUAGCAGACUCGGACCUGCCAUUUCAUGGCCUCUUGUUUCGAUGCUUCAAUGGCAGGCAUCACUAAACCCAACCUACCUUCCCCGAAAAAGCCAAGCGCCUUCCAAAUCGACGGUAACUCGUGCAACUCGAUGAAAUUAUGCCGACCCUCUUGCUCCGAUCGUGUCUCCACCUUGCCCGUUUGCAGAACCCAAGCCAGAACCCAAAACACCCACAUGGUUCUCGAGAAAGUCGACCAGAACGAGCGCGAAGAGGAAGAGGAAGAGGAAGAACAAGAUGACGAUGUGUGGCUGAGGCUCCAGCACGAAGCGCGAUUAGAUGUACAUGAGGAACCCAUAUUGUGCACUUACUAUUACAGCUCGAUUCUCUCUCACGAAUCACUGGAAAGCGCCUUGGCCAAUCACCUCGCUCUCAAAUUGAGCAGUUCGAGUCUCCCUAGCGGAACCCUAAACGACAUCUUCCUGGGAGUCUUCACAGAACAUCAAGAAAUCAUGGUUUCAGUGAAGGAUGAUCUUAGAGCAGUGAUGGAAAGAGACCCUGCUUGCAUAAGCUAUGUUCAUUGCUUCUUGAACUACAAAGGCUUUCAGGCUUGUCAAGCACACAGAGUAGCUCACCAAUUGUGGCUACAGGGCAGAAGGGUAUUAGCCCUUCUGAUUCAAAACAGGGUUUCUGAGAUUUUUGCGGCAGAUAUACAUCCAGGGGCCAAAAUGGGAAGUGGGAUUUUGCUGGAUCAUGCUACUGGUUUUGUGGUCGGAGAAACUGCAAUGAUUGGUAAUAAUGUGUCAAUUCUGCAUAAUGUGACAUUAGGAGGAACUGGUAAGGCUUCUGGGGAUAGACAUCCUAAGAUUGGUGAUGGUGUUCUUAUAGGUGCUGGCACUUGUAUCUUAGGAAACAUUAAGAUCGGUGAUGGUGCUAAGAUUGGUGCUGGUUCUGUUGUGCUUAAGGAUGUUCCUCCUAGGACUACUGCUGUUGGGAACCCAGCUAGAUUGGUCGGAGGCAAGGACAACCCUACUAAGCUUGAUAAGAUCCCUAGCUUCACCAUGGAUCACACUUCUCAUAUUUCUGACUGGUCUGACUAUGUUAUCUAAACCCCGGAGGCUAAUCCUCAACAAUGCUUGUAUGAAGCACUGUAUUAUACUUAGGACCUGUGGUUAGAGGCUCACAGCUAUCUGUUUCUUCAAUAUGAAGAAUACAUGAGAGGUCAUCCCAGUUCUAUUAGCAAAUCUGAGAGAAUUCAGGACCCAUUGUGUCUUUAGUAUCUUUGAACUCUGAUAUUUAAUGAAACAAAAUUAUGUCAGUGCUUUCAUGUGUUU